UCGUCUAUUAAAUAACAAACAUUACAGAAAUGAGUGCUGAAAGGAGACCCCUGGUAGAGUAGACGUCCAAAGUGUGUCUUUAGUCGCCACUUCCUGUGUUUAUUUCUAACUCAAUUUCGCACACUUUCUCUGAUACAAACGGAUAUGACUCUCAAUACCCCAACAUAAGCGAGCCAACAUAUAGACCAACAACCCCAAAUAUAGCUUUACCACUGCGUUUCCCCUUUUGCGUCUUUGGAGACGUGCAAAGUUAACCAGUGCAGAAUUAACCCUGAUAUGCACCGUUUCUCCACUUAAUAACUUCCAGUAAGUUCGGAGGUGUGAGACCAUUUCUACCGUGAUACUGCAGCCCCGGAAGACCCUAAAUGUCCCCACUCCCAAACGAGCUGCAGUGUGGAUGCUCAGUGUACAGGAGAAAGAGGAGGAGGAGGUGCGGCAGAGGAGAUUUGGAGGAAGAAGAAGAGGAGAGCGCUGUUGCUCCGUCACAAACUCUGUAGCCCUGUCGAGCCCAGAGACACUCGGUCAGUCAGUGUCAGUCAGUGUAUUGUUGGAGACGGGGUUCUGCUGAAGUUGCCUGUCCCAUCAUCACUCAGAGACUUGUCUGAAAACUUUUGCUGGAUUCUUUGAUUUGUAUGAGAGGAGGAAGACGAAGAAGAGGUGAAGCUGUGAGCGUCCGUGUGAGGGAAUGGAGAAGCACAAAGUGCUGGACCAGCUCCUGAUGGAGCUCCACCGCCUCCUGCUCAUCCUGGAUAAGGAGACGCUGAGUGGGAAUGCGACCGUCCAGAAGGGCCUGCUCUCCGAUCUCCUCCAGUCCUACAGAACCGUCAGUGGUGCUGAUGAAGAGUACAUCUACAUGAACAAAGUCAACGUUAGUGGAAAGGACAAAGCUGGCAAAGAUGACAGACCAGAUGCCUUUGUCAAUGGAAAAGCAGCAAAAUACGUCCCUGUCCCACAGAAGAGCCUUCCUGACCUGCCGCCCCCCAGAACAGGUGUGGUGAGUCGGGAGCCGUUCCCCUUACCUGCAGUUCCUGCUUCAUCUACAGAUAAUACAGAGAGUUACUAUGAGGAGGCUCAGCCCUAUGAGGAAACUUUCAAUGAUGAUGGGGAGGCAGUAAGCAGCUCAUACGAAUCGUACGAUGAAGAGGAAGUGACCAGAGGGAAAUCGCCGUCUGCGCAGCACCAGUGGCCUUCAGCAGAGGCGUCCAUUGAGCUGAUGAAGGACUCUCGGAUCUGUGCCUUCCUCUGGAGGAAGAAGUGGCUGGGCCAGUGGGCUAAACAGCUCUGUGUCAUCAAAGAUCAUCGCCUGCUGUGUUAUAAGAGCUCCAAAGAGCAGACACCUCUGCUGGAUGUGAGCCUGUUGGGCUGCUCUGUGGUCUACAAGGAGAAGCAGCUGAAGAGAAAGGAGCACAAACUGAAGAUCGUCCCAGUGGGAGGGGAGGCCAUCGUUCUGGGCCUUCAGAGCAAGGAGCAGACCGAGCUAUGGCUCAGGGUCAUUAAUGAGAUAAGUCCCAAGCCAGCAGAAAACUGUGAACCCCAGCACUCUGUGUCUGACUCCCCAAGGCUCAUCUGUACGAAGGGAGAUCUGAGCGAGAGAUACUCAGUGGCUUCAGAGAGCGGCAGCAGCACCGACAGUCACGCUGAAACACCAGAAAACAAAGAUGUGAAGAAAAAAUAUAGCGCAGGCCUGAAGUUCAGCAACCUCAUGAACAUUGGGAAGAAGAAAUCCUCAUUGUUAGAGAGCACAGGGAAAUGUGUGGACACCUCAGGCUACCUUAAUGUUCUGGUGAACAGCCAAUGGCGGACCUGCUGGUGUCUAAUCAAGAACGGACAGCUGUGGUUCUACCAGGACAAGGGCAGGAACAAAGUGAGCCAGCCAGCUGUGACUCUGGGAGGCUGCAGUGUUUUGCCCGACCCGAGCCCGGAGCACCUGUACUCCUUUAGGAUUGACCUGGACGGCACGCAGCUGGCAACCCUAGAGGCUAAGACUUCCGCAGACAUGGGCAACUGGCUGGGCCUCCUGCUGUCACAGACGGGGACAAAGACUGACCCGGAGGAGCUGACAUACGACUAUGUCAACGCUGAGAGGAUCUCCAGCAUUGUCUCUGCCGCCAAGACUUCCUUAUACUUGAUGCAGAGGAGAUAUUCAGAGCCAAACACCUACAUCGACACCCCACCCUCCAUCUCCCACAACUCUGAUGAACUGUACGAUGAUGUGGCGUCUUUAGCUGAUCCAGAGGAUACUGAAGACAUUGUCCUGCCUGACAGUGAAGACAACAACCUUCAGGAGCAAAAUGAAUCCUGCUCACAGGAGAAAAGGGACUCAGACCAGGACCCUGAUAGCAGGAUUUACCUGGACCUGGUUCCUGUACGCUCCUUUCUGCACACAUCCCCUGGGACUAAAUCUUCCCCUGCCAAAGAAACUUCUACACAUUCCCCCGUCACAGUAGAAGACCAGAGGGACCAACCAUCUCUGAACAAAGAGGUAAAUUCAACAAACAAUGCUGAGCCAGAGUCGACGCCUGUGUUAAAUGGAACAAGUUCCGCUACAGGCAAGCCAGAACAAGAGCGUCCCCAAACUCCCAAUACCCAGCAGCAUCAAACUCAACUAGUCAAGACCUCGCCGCACAACCAGGAGACCCCAAAAAGGACCCUGGAGAUCCCACAUGCCUUUAACUCCCCCUCCUCAGGGAUCCAUAAUAAAAGCCUAGUGGGGCAGAAUGCUACAGGGUUUCCUCUGAGUCCUCAACCCCGGCCUAAGUCACACACAAUAGGGUCUUCCAGUGCAGUGGAGGUCAAACUAGGCAAGAACCGCACAGAGGCUGACAUGCGCCGCUACAUUGAUGACCGUGACCGCCUUGAGAAAGAGAGGGAAGAUGUGAAGAGCAGUUUGUCGAACCUGAAGAAGCAGAGGAGGGAAACCAAAGAGGAGCUCAGCACCUGCCAAGAUCCCAAGCAGCAGGCCUCAUUAGAGGCCCAGCUGAAGCAGAAGGAGGAGGCGUGUCGGGAGGCAGAGCGAUGCAGGGUAGAGGUGGAGCUGCAGUUGAUGGAAGUGAAGGAGAGUUUGAAGAAGGUGGAGUCGGGGCCGUUCACACUGGGAACCACACUGGACAGCAGCCUCCAGGACAUGCCCACAUCUAAAGCAGCAACCCUACCUGCCUCCCAGACAUCAUCAUCAUCAUCAUCAACAGCUUCAUCCCAACCCUCCAACAGCAACGUCAGUGCAGACCCUGCCUCGCCCAUCAACUCUGCCUCUGCACUGAAAAACAGACCUGCUUCCAUCAUGGCUACCAAAGGCAAAGUCCUGCAGAAAGCCAAGGAAUGGGAGAAGAAAUCCACCACCUAGAAGAUACCCAGGAUGCCCUUUGACCUUUCAAAUAAUAAAGUUCAUCCACAUCUGGUCAUCCACAACUUGUUGUAGUUCAAGGACCAGUCAGUGUAAUCAACACCCUCUAUCAACCAGGGGUGUGUUCACGGGGCUGACCAGGGGUGGCAUGGGCCCCUCUUGAAAUCUGGACACCCAAAGUGUCGGUCAAAAAAUCCUAAACUAUGAUUGGCUAUUUUUCUUGUCAGAGGCAGGACUUGUUUUAAAAUUAACAAUUUGAACUGUGUUGAAGGCUGCGAGUAGCUUUCUUUGCAUUUAAAUGUAGCAAGUUUUCUUUUGUUGGUACCUUAAGUUGUAGAAAAAUACGUCACGGAUCGAUUUUAUAAGACGAGGGCGUGGGAGAGGAAUCAGUUCUCCGAAACAACAAGCAAACUUUGGCCACUAGAUGUCGAAUAUAUAUUUAUUAGAAACAUGUGGGUAUUGAAAUGUUGCCAGUGAAUGUAUUUUUGACAGUUUGUAGGAUUUUGAUUGCUAUUUUUAAAGUCCCUUAAAUUUUGAUUUUGGAUGAAUAUUUUGGAUGAGCAUCUGUUUGAUACUUUGUUCAAGUAGCUAUGAUUAGUGGUGACAGUAAGGGUAAAAAAAAAAGUACACACAUCUCAUGCCACCCCUGUACAAGUCAAUGCCCAGUUAGGCCACCCCAGAAAAAAAAAGUCUGGACACGCCCUGCUGUCAACCUCCCAGUGGAUCCUUCAUUGCAGUCACCAACUUGUCAAGACUUAUAGCCAAUCAGAGAGAUCCACAAGCCGUCAUCUCCAAAACCACUGGAUAAUCGUACUUUCAAUGACUUUUCAUGAUGGUUUGCUUUCUUUUGUUAUAGGCAGGAUGUUGAUGUUGUAGCAUUUAUGCCAGUCCAUGAAGCACAAACAGUUAAAACCACUUCAGUUUGACACAUAAAGAAACCCCUUUACAAACAUGGCCAUUUUGUACACCAUAGAUUGUAGCUUGGUUCAUAUAUGCUGGUAGCCAAGAUGUAAAUAUAUUUACACCAUUAUUCAGCCUGUUGGCUUGUAUUGCUAGCUAAAGAUGCACUUUUUAUUCAAAUAAAAAUGUAAUGACGACAA